GACAUUCUCAAACUAUUUCUUCUCUCUCUAUCUCUCUCCAUAUUAUCCACAAUCUGAAUUGGAGUCGGCCUCUCCUUAAAACCACCAGAUUUUUCUUUUGAUUGGAGAGAGAAAGGGAGGAGAUGGAAAUGAGGUAAAUAUUUUUAAUUUCUGAGGGAAUUUGAUUUGAUUUUUUUUGUGAGGCAGAGGGCUCAUUAUACAUACAGUCUUUCUAACAGGCAAGCAAACAAUUUGCUUCUCUUUAUCUUUAACGCUUUUGGGAAACACUGGCUGUGGCAGCAUUUCAAUGGCUCUCCCUCAGCUCAUUCCUUCCUCUUCCUCUUCUUCUUUAUCCCAUAAACCCAUUUUAAACCCCAACUCCAUUUCCUCUACCUUAAUCCCUAACCCUAGAUUCUUCUCUCCCGCCGCCGUCAUCCGCCACCGCCACCACAAGUCCAAUUCCCUCAAGUGUUCUGCUUCAUCUUUCCCGGAAAAACACCACACCGGCUCUCCCAAAUCCGACGAUGUUGUUGAGCUUCCGCUUUUCCCUCUUCCUCUCGUUCUCUUCCCCGGCGCUAUUCUUCCUCUGCAGAUCUUCGAGUUUCGCUACCGGAUGAUGAUGCACACUCUACUUCAAACCGAUCUUCGCUUCGGAGUUAUUUACACUGAUGCCGUUUCCGGUACGACGGAUGUUGGGUGCGUUGGUGAGGUUGUUAAACACGAGCGACUCGUUGACGAUCGAUUCUUCCUUAUUUGUAAAGGUCAAGAGCGGUUUCGAGUCACUAAUCUUGUUCGGACGAAACCGUACCUCGUCGCUGAAGUUACAUGGCUGGAGGACCGGCCGUCCGGGAGUGGAGAAGAGGAUUUGGAUGCGUUGGCGAAUGAGGUAGAAUCGUACAUGAAAGACGUGAUUCGAUUGUCGAACAGGUUGAGUGGUAAACCGGAGAAAGAGGUUCAGGAUUUAAGAAGGAAUUUAUUCCCAACUCCUUUCUCGUUCUUCGUUGGAAGCACGUUUGAAGGUGCGCCUAGAGAACAGCAGGCGUUGCUCGAAUUGGAGGAUACGGCGGCGAGGUUGAAAAGGGAGAAAGAGACAUUGAGAAACACUCUUAAUUACUUGACCGCCGCUUCUGCUGUUAAAGAUGUAUUUCCAUCGAACAGUUAAAAGGCAAGCUUGAGAAGCAUCUGUGGAAAUUCGAAAGAGAUUAAGCUAGAUCGUCGAAGCCUAAGGAAGCAAAUAGAAGGUAAUGCUUAAGUUUUGCUUGCCUUUACGCGUACUUUAUACAAGGAUGGAUGUUAUUAAAGCUGUAAAUUUUGAUAUAUAAUUGAAUUCACUUCAUCUGGUGUACCAAUGCUUACAUACUUGAUAUAGAAAUUGCACAUGAUCUGAAGGGUUUAGGUGAAUUA